AUGGGUUGCUUCGGGUUCAGCUCUCGGGACGCCUCUCCCGAGCGGGACGGCCCGGACUCACCCCACCCGCCGCAGCCCUCCCGCGUGAGCAGAUCAACGGGCGCAGCAGCCACAUGCAAAUCCCCAGUCACCACGAAGCCGCGCGGAAGCUUCCUCUCGCUCCGAGUCCGCGCCCAUGUCCAAGGUGCGCGCGCGCGCUCUUUCCGCCACCAACAGCCCACGGUCCGCGCCGUCCACUCCGCCAGCGACGGUCUACCCGAACGGACGAUGGCCGGCCCUAUUCCCUUCACAUACGCGCAAGUGGAAGAAAUGACGAGAAAUUUCGAUAUCGAGAGAUUUCUCGGCGAGGGUGGGUUUGGAUCGGUUUUCAAAGGUUACCUUCCCACACGGAGCGGCCGGCGAAUCCCUGUCGCUGUAAAGGUGCUUGACACGUGCGGGCAUCAGGGGGAGCGGGAGUGGUUGACGGAGGUUAGCUUUCUCGGGCUCCUGGAGCACCCUAAUCUGGUUUGUCUGAUUGGAUAUUGCGCCGAGGAGGAUCAACGGCUGCUAGUGUACGAGUUCCUUCCCCGGGGUUCGCUUGAGUUUUUGCUUUUCGGCGAGGAUGCGCUGGCAAACCCGCUGACGUGGCAUCAACGGCUGACGAUCGCGUACGGCGCGGCGGCGGGGUUGACGUAUCUGCAUGAGGAGGCGGAGCAUCAAGUCAUUUAUCGGGAUUUCAAAACGUCGAAUAUUCUACUAACGAACGAUCUUGAAGUGAAGUUAUCGGAUUUCGGGAUGGCGAGGGAAGGGCCCGACGGGGAGAAGACUCUCGUGUCAACGCGGGUGGUGGGGACAGUGGGGUAUGCGGCGCCUGAGUAUGUGCUAACGGGGCACCUUACAACGAAGAGUGACGUGUACGGGUUCGGAGUGGUGCUUCUGGAGCUGAUGACGGGAAGGCUGGCGCUGGACAAAGAAAGACCACGCGAGGAGCAGAGCCUUGUCGAGUGGGCAUCCCCAUUCCUCUCCACGCCCUCCACGCUGUACCGCAUAAUGGACCCCGCCCUUCGCGGCCGGUACUCCGCUCGCGGCGCACAAAUGGUCGCAGCGAUCGUCAAAGAGUGCCUGCAGAAGAAAGCUAAGCGCCGCCCGAAAAUGUCCGAGGUGGUUGCAGCGCUGCGCCCAGUGCUUGAUCUGCAUGACAUGGCGGGUUUUUGCGCUGAGGACAUGCGGGCGGGCUUAGGCGGGCAAGUUUGUGCUUCUAUCGGGGGUAUUGGGAGCACUGCUAAUAACGCAACUGGGCCACAGCGCUUCCACCGGAGUGAAAGCGCAGGCACUCUCGACGAGGGUGCGUUCAAGAGAAGGUCGAUUUCCUCUUCUCCGAAAGCCAACGCUGACAUCAACGCUGGCGACGCUGUGCGGGUUGUCGUAACCAUGGAUGGCGACUGUAAUCAGGUGCCACAGGCUUGUGGUGCGGCAUCAAGAGCCCCGAUUAGUGGUAACCAGAAGCCUCGCCAGGCCAGUCCCCGCCAGCCAAGUCCCAAGGGGGUGAUUUCCCCAAACGUGGCAGGUAGCCCGUGGCGUGCGGCGGCAAGGCCAAGGAGUCUGCCAGCUGUUUGA